AUGAAUGUGCUGUGGAAUCUUGUUGACAGAUUUGUAGAGCAGGACAAGUACUUCGAGGAUGCCAAGAAGUGGGAGGACUUUCACUGCAAGCUAUCUGCUGAAGAGGGACUCGAUGCAUGGUAUCGAGUGUUUAAUCGCAUUGCCGGCUUCUUCCCAGACUGGGACGUCCAGAUCGCUUCCGAGGCGCCGGGGCGUAGUUAUUUCUCGGGUAUCUUCCGCGCUCUCAACGACUCGACGCACCUGCACUGCGACUUUGCACCGUACGACAGCCAUACCGAGGACUGGAUCAUCAACUCAGUCGAGUACCAAAUCGUGUUUAACCUCUAUCUAGCUCCUGUGAGAGACGGGCGGACAAUCGUAUACGACGUUCAGUGGACACAGGAUGCACUCAAGCAACGCGACCCAGACAGUUACGGAUAUCACCAUGACCUGGUAUCUGGAGCGCGUAAGGUCUAUUGCGAACCGACCCUCGGGGCACUCUGCAUGUUCAACUCACGAAACAUGCACGAGGUGGAAGCCGUGACGCCAGAGGAGAUGCCGUCGCUGGGACUCAAGUAUAGGCCGCGGUUGUGCCUGAGCAGCUUCAUGGGUCUGUUGCCGAGUUCAAAGUCUGGCGGCAAGCCGCGGUUGAUCUUUUGGUCCCGACGUGGCCACCAGGUUCUCGAACUCGAGAAGCAAAGACAGCCUGAGCCCAAUUUGGCGUGGUCGCACAGCGAUGAGGCCUCAAACGACUUCCGGUCGGACAUUUUCACGAAGCCGACGCUGCCCAUGCUGGAUGCAAUCAUAAACACCACCCUCGGGGAUAAUGUAAUGGAAGAAGAUUCAACCACCAAUCGCUUCCAAGAAUACGUUGCCGAGCUGGUGGGCCACGACGCCUCCCUGCUGGUCAUGUCGGGGACCAUGGGAAACCAGGUGGCCCUCCGAACAGCUCUAACCGCGCCGCCUCACUCAAUCCUUGCCGACCACAGAGGCCAUAUCGUCACCUUUGAGAGCGGUGGCGCGGCGGCCAUGUGCGGUGCUUUGAUCAGAACGGUUGUUCCGUCCAACGGUCAUCACCUCACUCUCGAUGAUGUAAAGAGGCAUGCCACCUUGACGGACACAGUCUACGACUGCCCAACCAGGAUCAUCAGCUUGGAGAACACGCUGUGGGGUACCGUAAUGCCUCUCUCCGAUAUGCGCGCCAUCUCCCAGUGGGCGCGAUCGCAGGAUCCCCCCAUACACAUGCAUCUAGACGGAGCCCGCCUGUGGGAAGCAGUUGCCACCGGCGCCUUUACCCUGCGGGACGUUGGGGAAUGCUUCGACAGCAUGCAGCUGUGCUUAUCAAAGGGCCUCGGGGCGCCCAUUGGCAGUGUUGUGACGGGUAGUUUGGCCUUCAUCAAGCGAGCCAAGUGGAGUCGCCAUUAUCUCGGCGGCGAUAUCCGUGCCGCCGGUCUCAUCUCGGCGCCGGCGAGGGUAGCCAUCGACGACGUCUUCCUCGGUGGCAAGCUGAGGGCAGCACAGGACAAGGCGAAGCGGGCCUCAGCCUUGUGGGUUGAUCUCGGCGGGAAACUGCAAGCACCAACGGAGACGAACCAAAUCUGGCUUGACCUAGAUGCCUCGGGCCUGACGCAUGACGACUUCUACCCUGUGGCCGGGCAAUUUGAUCUCAAAAUGAUGGACCUGAUACCUGGGCGUGUUGUCCUGCACUACCAGAUCACCGAGCUGGCAUUCGCCCGACUCUGUAGUUUCUUCAAGGCUCUCCUGCCUAGAGAACAGCGCACUGGGACUGUCGAAAACACACUCGAGAAUUAG